CCUCCCUCCCUCCCUCCUUCCCUCCCUCCUUCACGGCUGCUGCAGAUCGAUGUGACGCUGUUUGUACCUGAGGACUGAACCCUACCUGUGGAUCCUCUCCCGGCAGCAGCACCAUGGGGAUCUCCGCGUCCAGUCUGCUGGAUGACACCACAUCCAACUACAUCAAAGGCCAGGCCGAGGCUGAGCUGAAGGGGUUCAGUCCAUACUACAGGAAGCAGUUCUCGGUGUCCCGGUUCUCUCAGGUAGAAGAUGACCUGGAGCAGCACAAAGAGCAGAUCACGCAGCUGCUCAAACAGAAGGACGCACUGGAGGAAGGCGAGGUGCUGUAUGAGGAGGGUGUGCUUUAUUUUGACGACACCAGGAAGUGGAGGGAGAGGUACGUGGUGGUGAGAGCCAACUACUGUCUGGAGUGUCACGACAGCCUGGAGACUUUUGUUAAAGGGAUUCCUCCGCGCCACAAGCUGCUGCCUACAGGGGGCACUGUUCUGACCACAGAGGAGAAGUACAUGGCCAUGGUGGACAAAUGCUUCCCUGAUGACACCAAUGUGAAAGAGGACUUUGCUCCUACUCUGUCGGGGAUGCCGGGACAGUUUCCUGUCUACCUGCGUCUCCCCUACAGGAGAGACUCCUACUUCUGCUUCAGACAGCAGGCCAAGCAGGCCGCCUUCCUCUCCAUCCUGUCCGACUGCAUCCGACACCAGAACCAAGACUUCCUGAAGAAGAAGACGUGUGAGGUUCAGGCCUUCCUCAAAGCCAUCCAGCUGUACAGGCAGGACAAAGGCAGAUAUGAAGCCUGGGACAUGCUGAUCGGCAGUGAUGUCAGGGUGUUGGCGAACCUGGUGAUGGAGCAGCUGCUGCCGUCUCUGGAGAAAGACAUGCUGCCUCGCCUCAAAGCCAAGAAGACAGAGAAGAAGAGAGUCUGGUUCGCCACGGUGGAGGCGGCCUACAUCCUGGUCCAGGAGCAUCUGUUGGAGGGUCUUUCCGAGCUGAAGGAGGACUGUCGAGUGUCGGUCCGGCAGCAGGAGGUGCUGAUCCACUCCGACAUGGACCAGAUCCUCAACUCUAGACGGCAGCUGGAGGAGAAAGUCAGAGCCAAAGUAUCGGAGCCGGCGGAGAAGCUGUGCUGUGAGAACGUGCAGCCGUACCUCGGAUCAGUCCUGGAGGAACUGAUGGAGCCGAUCAGCUCCGGUUUCCAGGAGGGACGACAGCUGAGCGAAAGUAUGAUGGACGGAGUGUGUCAAGACGUCCUGCAGGGAGGAAAACACGAGGAACUGAAAAAGGCUCUGGCUGACAUGGCGAGGCCAAACCUGCUGAGCUGCUACCAGAAGAUCGGCUCCCUGCAGCAGAAACUGCAACAUCUGCAGGAGAGAUUUAGCUUCUCAAACAUCACCGCAGUGAUCCACAGUACGCAGAUCGACCUGCAGCAGCUGAUGGAGAACGCAGCGUGCACAUUCGAGCAGCUGCUCUACAAAGCCGUCCAGGACAACCCAGACAGCGCCGGCUCCGCCAUAGAAAAGGCCAAACACCGAGUGCUCAAGCAAUAUGAUUAUGACAGCAGUACAGUGAGGAAGAGGACCUUCCAGGAGGCUCUGGUUUCCAUCACUCUGCCCUUCAUCAAGAAGAAUCUGGCUCCCACCUGCAAAACUGAGCUUCAGGGUCUGGAGCAGUCCGUCUACGCCGACCACUCCAACUUCAUCCAUGUGGAGAACGUUUAUGAGAGCAUCCUCCUCCAAAUUCUAGACAAGGAGGUCACCAAAGUGGUGAAGGAGGCGGCGAGCCUGAAGAAGUACAACCUGUUCACAGACAGCAGAGACCCGGUGAGCCAGUCCAGCCGCUCCAGCCUCUCCUCCCCCUCCGUGUCCACCCCGGGCAGCCCCGCCAUGAUGCUGGCCUGCCCCACUAAAACCUCCACGCCCCCGUCUCCUCUGGUGUUCAACGGUUUGUCUUCCAGCCCCAAGGAGGAGAAGAAAGAAGAUGGUGAGCUGCACAACGAAUCCCCCGCAGACGUUACGGUCAUGGAGACGCCUCUGGGAAGGGUCGAACAGAAAGACGCCGCCGCGAGCGUCGCCGUCAGUCAGGAGGCGGAGCUGCCGGCACUCAAAGCAGAAGAAGUCGUCCAGACUGUGCAGGAAGAAGCAGGCAGCCCCGUCACACCUGAGGCAGCAGCUUUAGUGGAAACAACAACAACAACCAGCCUGAGUGAGACACAGGACGUUAACGGAGCAGCAGCUGUGGUCGAAGAAGAGAAAGCGAUCUCCAAUGAAACAGCUGACGUUGAGACAUGUUCUGAGCCGCAGAUCCACAACACAGAUGCUCCAAAAGAAGCAGAAAUCACUUUAUCAGAAACUCCAGCUGUUGUAGAAAGUAUAAAGACAGACGCAGAAGAAGAAGCAGCAGCAGCAGCAGACAGUGAGGCUCCUGCUCCAGAUCCUGAACCUGCAAGUGAACCAGUAACCACUGCAGCAGAAUGUACUGGUUCCCAGACUGCAGACAGCAGUGAAGAGACACAAUGUGAGAGCUCAGAAGUCAAGUUAGCGGCUCCCUCUGGUGGUGAAGCACCUGUACUCGCACCCUGCCUUGACCUGAAGGCAGAGGAUGUAGAAGCAGCAGCGGCCGUCGUCGUCUCAGACCCUAAUUCUCUGGAUGAGUCAGUAAGUGAGUCACCGCCGUCGGAUGUGGAGUCCACGCAGGAAACCAAAGAGUUGCAGAGCAGCGAGGAUGACGUCAUAACAACCACCGAGGAGGAGGCUGACAUCAGCAAAUCACCCGUGAGCUCAGACGGACCUACAAACGAAGAGCCGCAGUCGCCUCAGACAGAAGCUGCGAACGGCGACACUGACGCAGGCGUGAGCGCGGAGCCUUCAGUGGAGGCGGCGGAUGCUGAACCCGUCAAAGAGGAAGCACCCUCCAGUCCCGAAGCUCAGCCCGCCCUGGACUGCAUCAAGGAGAUCCGCAACCUGGUGGUGGAAGUGAUCGAGGUGGAGGAGCUGCUGCAGCGCUAUCCGGGCGGAGUACCGACGGAGGAGUGAAGCAUCACAGGACUGACAAACAACACGGGCCGACUGUCCUUCCAGCAGGAUGAGGGACGAGAUAAUUAAAAAUGUUCUGCUGAAAGGAAACAAAUUAUUAGAAUAUAAAGAAAGCUUCCAUUUUUUUGACAGUCUCAGUGUCCUCCGAUGAAAACAAACAAGGACAUUUUGUCUGAGCAGAAACAGGAAAAGACUCUUGAGAAAAGAUCACAAAAGCUUCCAUGAACAUUUUAUGCAUGAAAUUAUGGUAAAUUAUUUAUACAAAUCAAUAUCAUUUACACAAAUUAAUACAUCAGCUGUGUCAGGUGUUUAAAAAAACAAAACAAAAAAAAAGCAGAUCAGUUUCAUUCACUGACUGACGGGAAUAUUUUUUUUAAAACACUAAAAUUAUUUUAGCAUCAGAUUGAUUUAGAAAACUAGAUUUAGAGCUAUUUUAUUACACAAGUCAGAAAAAAAAGACUGUUACUGUGGUAGGUUAUUAAUCGAAUUUACAGGAAUAUUAACAAUUUUGGGAAAGACUUAUUUUUCUUUCGGAGAGUUUAAUGAGAAGAUGAAUAUCAAUCUCAUGUCUGUGCAUUAAAGGAAAAUUUUGGAGUUUUUGACCUCUAUUAUAAUUAUCGUAAUCAUAAUCAGCAGUACCUUACAAAAGGACAUAAAAAGAACAAAGGACAAAAUAAAAUACCAAAUACACUGAAUAUAAACAUAACAAACAAACAAAACCCCUUUAUGCUGCGUUCAUGACAUGUAGGAAUUAUUGUAAUUAUGAGUUUAUGACCCGUAAAGAACGUAAUUACGACUGGGCACUUAACAUGGACACAUCAGCUACAGUUGGUCGUCAUAAUG